GAGAGACAUUUGAUUGCUGAUUGACACUAACAACUCCAGAGCAUGGUGACUUGUUGGGCUGCUACAGGGAGAAGCCAGAUCGAAAAUUUCCUGUGUCAGGUUUUUCUCGAUAAGAGUAAAUUAUCCAAGCUUCAAGAAAUUAUCUCUGGGCAAGAAGACCUCCUGAAGCCUCAGAUACUGUAGCCAACGCCACAGCUGUGUCUCCAGUCUGCUUUUUUCUAGGCUUUUUUCCCCCCUCAAUAAGGCUCUCUCUCUCUCUCUCCUUGAUCCAGGGGUCUUUCACCUAAAUAGACUGAACUUCUAACCUGACAGCACCUCUUCAGUUUUCUUUCCCUCCAGUGGUGCUGUCCCCUUGCUUUUGUAUCUUCUCACAUGCCUGAAUUGUUCUAUUCAGGAGAAUUGAUCUUAGUCUUUUUUCACCUCACUCACCCGCUGCCAACAGGAUCUACUUAUUCCGGACGAUCCAGUCCAUUGCUAGAAAUCUAAACCCUUACGCUCUGAGGCUGCUGAGCAUUGGAGAUUUGGAGAGUGGGCCGCAUUUAUAUAAUAUGCCCAAAGCAGUGGCACGAUGAAGGAGAAAUCCAAGAAUGCGGCCAAGACAAGGAGAGAAAAAGAAAAUGGAGAAUUUUAUGAAUUGGCCAAGUUGCUACCCCUUCCUUCGGCCAUCACCUCUCAGCUAGACAAGGCAUCCAUCAUUCGGCUCACCACCAGCUACCUAAAAAUGCGAGCAGUCUUUCCAGAAGGUUUGGGAGAUGCUUGGGGACAGACGAGUCAGAUUGGACCACUGGACAAUGUCGCUAAAGAAUUAGGAUCUCACUUGCUGCAGACCUUGGAUGGAUUUGUUUUUGUGGUAGCAUCUGAUGGCAAAAUAAUGUAUAUAUCUGAAACAGCCUCUGUACACCUAGGCUUAUCUCAGGUGGAACUCACUGGCAAUAGUAUUUAUGAGUACAUCCAUCCUUCUGACCAUGAUGAGAUGACAGCUGUUCUUGCUGCUCACCAGCCUCUUCAUCAUCAUCUCUUACAAGAGUAUGAAAUAGAGAGGUCAUUUUUCCUUCGGAUGAAGUGUGUCUUGGCAAAGAGGAAUGCUGGAUUAACAUGCAGUGGCUAUAAGGUCAUUCACUGCAGUGGCUAUUUGAAGAUAAGACAAUAUAUGUUGGACAUGUCCUUGUAUGACUCCUGUUAUCAAAUUGUGGGGUUGGUAGCUGUUGGUCAGUCUUUGCCUCCCAGUGCAAUCACAGAGAUCAAACUUCAUAGUAAUAUGUUCAUGUUUAGGGCAAGUUUGGACCUAAAAUUAAUAUUUCUGGAUUCCAGGGUGACUGAACUAACUGGCUAUGAACCACAGGAUUUGAUAGAGAAAACCCUUUACCAUCACGUCCAUGGCUGUGAUAUGUUCUACUUACGUUAUGCUCAUCAUCUACUGUUGGUGAAAGGUCAAGUCACAACCAAAUACUACCGAUUACUUUCCAAGCAUGGAGGCUGGGUUUGGGUUCAGAGUUAUGCUACCAUUGUGCACAACAGUCGUUCAUCAAGACCUCACUGCAUAGUGAGUGUCAAUUAUGUUCUCACAGAUAUUGAAUACAAGGAAAUACAGCUGUCACUGGAUCAAGUCACCUCUUCAAAGUCCCAGUAUUCCUGUAGGACUUCAAUGUCUACCUCACAAGAACCUAGGAAAAUAGCAAAAUGCAAAAGUAACAAGAUGAAGACAAAAGUCAGAACAAACCCCUAUCUACCACAGCAAUACGACUCUUUCCAAAUGGACAAAUCGGAAUGUGGCCAGGUUGGAAACUGGAGAGCAAGUUCUGCAACAAAUACUACAAAUACUCAAGAACAAAACUUUUACUCAGAAAACAGUGAACUUUUAUAUGCCCCCUCAUAUACCUUGCCUUUUUCUUACCAUUAUGGACCCUUUCCUAUAGAUUCUCAUGUAUUUAGGAGCAAAAGACAAAUGCUACCUUCAAAAUUUGGACAGUCUCAAGGAUCCCCAUGUGAGGUGGCACAUUUUUUCUUGAGCACAUUACAAACCAGUGGAGAGUGCCAGUGGCAUUAUGCCAAUCCCUUAGUACCCAACAGCCAGUCUCCAGCUAAAAAUCAUCCUGACCAGCCAGUGAACAUUACACGGCACAACUUGGCACCCAAUUAUGAAGUGCCCAUAUCAGCCCAAAGAUAUAAUGAAGACAUCAUAUCUGAUAACUUUACAAGCUGUGCCGCAGCCAUCCCUAACAGCCAGCAGAAGGACGUUUAUGAUUCUAGCAUCUUGAAAUCCAACAAAGUAGAAAGCAGAAUACAUCCUCCCCACCAUCUCAUCAAGGAAGAAAACAAAUUAACUUUCAAUGGGGAUAUGCCUGAAAAAAUGAAUGCACAUGAAAAGCCCUCUUUGAACUUUGUGCCAAAUUCCCUGUUACCUAAAUCAGAAUGUUUCCAACCCAAAACUCUUGGACAACUAAGCCAUCUUUUACCAGUGCCAGCUUUAUAUGAACAAACGAGGAUAUACAUGAAGGAACCUAAGUACGGGCACAUUGGACACCACACUCCUCAUUCAGAUCAGCUAGAUGGCAAUAAUAUAAUGAUGGCAAAGGUAAACCAUGACUCUGAGAGCGAACACAUGAUGGAGAUGCAGCCCACAGGACAAGUUCCCUUUGUAUUUCUAAACUACCAUCACCUGUUAUCCAAACACGGGACAUUUCAGCCUUCAUCAUGCACAGCCACCAGACAUGUAGCUGAAAAUUAUGGAUCUAGUUCAGAAGAGGUAAACACAUUUAUUUCAAAAAACCCAAGUCUGUCCUCAAUCUCACCCCCAGAAACCCACAGGGAAACUGAGCUAUGCCAUUAUAUUGGAACUUCUGUAAUAAUCAAUUCAAGGUGACAAUAAUAGAAACUGGCCUCUUAAUUAAAACCCAACAAACUGGAAGCAUUUCCAAAAAAAAGCACAAGACAACAUGGUUACACUUAUCAAGCAGAGCAGGAAGGUCAAUGAGGGACAAACUGGCAUGUGUUCUUGGCAAACCAUGUGUAACAGUACCUUGAAGGUCAGAGAAAAACACUGAAGAUUCAGUGUAGCAUUACUAUGAUCUGAUCUCUGGUGCAGAAUGCUAAUGAGAUGCCAUAUGCCAGAUCUCAUUAUUUUAGAAAGUUAUACAGAUUUAAGAGGCAAGGACUAAGUAUGCAUAGAUUUAAAUCAUCUUAUACGGAGAUAACUAUUUUGAUUCAAAAAAUAUAUUUUAGAUUUUUAACCAUCAAAAUGCCAUAAACAACGAGUGUUUAAAACUGUAAAAAUACUGUGCUGGAUAUUCAGGAAAAUAUUCAAACUGAAGGCAUUUUGCUCCUUUUCUCCUUCUCAUUGACUAAACCAAAAGAACAAAAUAGUUUGUUAGAUAGCUCUGGUUUUAUUUUAAAACAGAUAACUACCCCGAAGUAUUACUCUAAAAAUCUCAAAUCAUUCUACAUUGAUGGACCAAGUAACUUCACCUCUCUUGGCCUUAGUUUAUUUUUAAAAUGAAGGUAUCGUUCGAGUUCUUUCCCGCUUUAAAUAUAAAACUUAUCCUCAUCGGAAAUUAAGCUUUAGCCUCCUAAUUUUCAGGUACACUGACAAUCAGUGGCCAAUAUUUGAAGAAAUGUUUGCACCAGUGAUUUAAAAAAUUCAAAAGUAUUUUCUUUUAAAACAGCCUGAUCAAAAUCAAAGUCCUAAUUUGUCCAGAGGGUGACAACUAGAUCUGCGAUUUCAUAGGUAGAGGGGACUCCCAGGUGAGGGAGAUUUUUUGCAACUUCUUGUUUUAGAGAGAUGAGCACUGAGAGGGACAUAAAGCCAAUAUCAGGGACAGGAUAUGAACCAGAUUUUCUGGGUGUCAAGGCUGUUUCUCUAACUACUAUCCCAUGCUAUCUUUCAUGGGAUACAUAUCCCUAGAAGAAGCAGAACUUGGUUUAAAUGGACAUAAAGAAUAAGACUAUUUCAUGGCUCCAGAAGUAUGCAGUAGUCUCAUAAAAGGACAUAAAAGUAUAUAGGUCGCUUUUUGUCUGGUGCAAAUAUUUUUAUCAAGACAACAUAAUUCCAUUGUUUUUAUGAAUAGUGAAUAUGAGCCUCUUAUUUUCUUUCAAAUGCCAAUAAUCCAUGAAUUUCUAGUAAGAUGAGAAGGUAUAGUUGUCCUGUGAUACAAAAAUCUGCUAGCCCAUUCAAGUUUAAAUACAUGACAAAACAUUUUGAAUUUGGCAUGCAGAAAUUCAUAGUCAUUCACAAUUAGUUCAAGUAACCAUAAUAAAAUUGAAUUGCAUGUGUAAUGUGGAAAAUUAUCAAUUAACCACUUUGUUCAAUAAAAAUUUAAAAAGAUGUAAUAAAAAUUAUGUACACAUUUUCUUACUUGCUUUUUAUACACAGCAAGUGAAAAUACAUUCAUCUUGGAAUACAUGAACACUUAAAUACACGAUAAACAAAUAUUUUUAAAGAAAAAAACCAGAAGUUUCAAAAUAAACACACACAUAUGUCUCUCUAUAUACAUAUGUUACUUAAAGGCUAACCAUUUAUUUCAGCAAUAGUCUAAAUAUUUCACUUGAUCAAAGUUCUCCCAUGUCCACUUUUGAAUACUUUGUCCAAGUGCUCCAAAUUUCUAACACUGUUUCAUUUUUUGUCUUUACAAAAUGGCUUACUUUAUGAGGUAUGUUUGUUUUUGCUUGUUUCAAAUGAAGUCAGACAUUUUCAUAACUAUCAUUUAAAUUAAAAAUAUACCUAUCAUAUGUUGUUAAACUAUGAAAUUCUCUUUUGUUAAACUAGUGCCAUUACAUAGGAUCUUACAGAAUCAUUUAUUAUAUAAGACCAAUUAAUCUUUUGAAUGCAUUAAAGAGAUUAACAAUUUAAUAUAAUUAUGUACAUAAUGCAUGUGUUAAUAUAAUCAAUAUUGUUCACAUCAUCAAACAGAUCUAUCUACCCUGUUUUACACCCUACUUAAUCAUACUCCAAGAUCUGAGAGUCUAAGCAUAUAUAAAACAAAUUUUUGUAAUUCUGAAUACUCCUUUGGGUUUCAUAAUGAUUCCUGAAAGAUGUGAUUAGUAGGAAAUACCCUCUUGUGACUGUCUUAUUAACAUUUUGGAACAGUGAUCAUGUAGGUUUUGGUUCUUUCUAGGAAACAUUUUGCUUAUGCAAGGAUUUCUAUUAAGACAAACAAUAGUCUGUAAGAGACAAUGUGCACUAUUAGGCUUUGCAAUCAACAAUUUAACAAUGAAAAUAUCCUUCUUUAAAGGUUAACUUUUAAAUGCAUCUACAAAGAACUGCUCCAAGAAAAGAACCAACAUUCAUAGAGUUAAAUUUAGGUAUUACUUUAAUAACACUAUUAAGGAAAAUAUUUAAUUACAAAUAAAAAAAGUUUUCAACUAGAAAAGCUCUUGGGUCUGGCACAUAGAGGAUGGAAUAACUUUGUAGCAGCAGAGAGAUUACUGGUUUUCAUUUAUUAAAAGAGUGAAACAUUUAAGAAGAUAUGGAUAGUGUUAUAAUUAAAAUGUAAUAGGACAAAUUAUAUAAUACCACAAAACUUGGGCUCUUUAUUGAGCUUUUGGUUAUCAAAAACACAUCAAAAAAAAAAAAGCACAAUAUUCAAAGGUAAUAAGACCUUUAAAAGCACACAUAUGUUAAAAUGGAUACUAUAUCCUAAGUUAAGCCAUUUUAGUGAAAUGAAAAUAUUUCAAAAUACUUUUAGUUGUCUGGACAUCAUAUCUAUUUUAAAACCAUCUGAGAUUUUUUAUCAUUAUUUCUAAUAAGCUUAAUUUUUUAAGCUUUAGGACUUUGUUUUGUGAUGAAAAUAAACUUGUCAAAAAUAUUAUUAAAACCAACCCCCAAAGCCCAACUUCAAUUCUUACAAAUACAUAUGCAUUCCUUAUGUAUUUUUGUCAUUUAUUAUGUAUUUUUCAUAUUAAUAAAAACUAUCAAACACA